CAGUCAGCCAAAAAUUGUACAAUUUAUAGAUUUCAAGUAUAAAUAAUGGCUGCUUUUCAACUUUCACUGUGAGGUAAUGAAGUUCUGUUCCUCUUUCAGGAUGAGUUUACUACCUAUGGACCGUAAGAAUAUUCCAUUUAGCAUCCGACUGGACAAGAGUAUGGGCCAGGCGAUUUGGAGAAGUCAUUUUCUUAAUGACAAGACUGUGUUUAUAAUUGAAUGUCAUAAUCACAGGUCUAUUGUGAGCAAAUCCCUUUGUCUGCUCAAGAUCGUAUCUCACACACAUGUGUCCUGGGAAUGGUUUUCAUUGGUUGAAGCGCACUUGAAUAAAGCAAACAUGAAGUGGCAGCAUUAUCCUAAAAUGUCUUUUCAUCUGUUUACAAUACUUGUGACUAUAGGUGGUCUCCUUGGAACUCCAGUGGAUGAGGACAUCCUGGAUCGAUUAAUAUCAAUAAAUACUUCAGAGGACCUGAGGUUGCUUUCCAGAAGUCAUUCUGUGCAUGCACUUUCAACAACUAAAUCUACAGUGACGGAUAAUGGGAAACAGGAAUUGCUGCAUACUGAUCUGUCUCCAACUGCUACUGUGGGUUUAAGCAAUGACUACCAUGAAGCUGGUAAUAUUUUGCAAAAUAAAGGAAUGGAAUCUGCAUCUGAAGAAACAUCCACCUCUAGCAAACACUUGGUAACUGAGCAGCCAACAGAAAUGAUAGCAUCAAGUCUCUCUCAUGCCAGGAACACACAGACCGAGCAUCUUAACCUGGUCUCUACAAAAUCUCUCUUAUCUGAGUCACCAAUUGGUUCAACAACUGAACUCUCCAGUGGAGAUGAGAAACCAGCUUGGCAAGGAAGGCUGACUCCUACAACUGUGUUUUCGACCCAGUCUCCAUUCUGGUAUAUGGGAUCUUCAUUACCUAGUGUACAAGAUUUACCAAGCUCAUCUGUUCUUGACAGUGCACUCCCUUCUGACCAAAUGGAGUUGCGUACCAUCUCUUCAGAAGGUGCUGAGUCUAGUACUUAUAAAUCGAUAUCAGCAGAGCAGACAGUCACACCUAGAACAGAGUCUACAACUGAGUCAAUUCAUGUAUUUAGCCCAGAAUCUGUUGUAGCUAAUGCAACCAGCAUGACCUCUGCUAAACUUGAGCAGCUGUCUACCUCUUGGUCUGCAGGCUCCAGUGGCUCACUCGGUAGUGCACGGGGCAACCACUGGCAAGAUGCUUCCAUGGAUAUAUAUUCCACAGCUAUCUCCUCCUCUACUAGGGCCAAUUGGUCAUCUCCAGAUGCUUCAGAGGAUGUAUACUCGACAGCUGCUUCCUCUGGGACCAGUUGGCCAUCUCCGGAUGCAUACUCCACAUCUGCUUCCUCUGGGACGAGCUGGCCAUCUCCAGAUGCUUCUGAGGAUGUACACUCCACAGCUGCUUCCUCCUCUGGGACUAGUUGGCCAUCUCCAGAUGCUUCAGAGGAUGCAUACCCCACAGCUGCUUCCUCUGUUGAGACUAGUUGGCCAUCUCCGGAUGCUUCUGAGGAUGAAUACUCCACAUCUGCUUCCUCCUCUGUUAGGACUAGUUGGCCAUCUCCGGAUGCUUCCAAGGAUGCAUACCCCACAGCUGCUUCCUCUGUUGAGACUAGUUGGCCAUCUCUGGAUGUUUCUGAGGAUGUACGCUCCACAGCUGCUUCCUCCUCUGUUGGGACUAGUUGGCCAUCUCCAGAUGCUUCCAAGGAUGCAUACCCCACAGCUGCUUCCUCUGUUGAGACUAGUUGGCCAUCUCUGGAUGUUUCUGAGGAUGUACGCUCCACAGCUGCUUCCUCCUCUGUUGGGACUAGUUGGCCAUCUCCAGAUGCUUCCAAGGAUGCAUACCCCACAGCUGCUUCCUCUGGGACUAGUUGGCCAUCUCCAGAUGCUUCAGAGGAUGUAUACUCGACAGCUGCUUCCUCUGUUGAGACUAGUUGGCCAUCUCUGGAUGUUUCUGAGGAUGUACGCUCCACAGCUGCUUCCUCCUCUGUUGGGACUAGUUGGACAUCUCCAGAUGCUUCUGAGGAUGAAUACUCGACAGCUGCUUCCUCCUCUGUUAGGACUAGUUGGCCAUCUCCGGAUGCUUCCAAGGAUGCAUACCCCACAGCUGCUUCCUCUGGGACUAGUUGGCCAUCUCCAGAUGCUUCAGAGGAUGUAUACUCGACAGCUGCUUCCUCUGUUGAGACUAGUUGGCCAUCUCUGGAUGUUUCUGAGGAUGUACGCUCCACAGCUGCUUCCUCCUCUGUUGGGACUAGUUGGACAUCUCCAGAUGCUUCAGAGGAUGUAUACUUGACAGCUGCUUCCUCUGUUGAGACUAGUUGGCCAUCUCCGGAUGCUUCCAAGGAUGCAUACUCCACAGCUGCUUCCUCUGUUGGGACCAGUUGGCCAUCUCUGGAUGUUUCUGAGGUUGAACACUGCAAUUCCGUAGCUGCCUCUCGUGCCUCUGCAGCAGAAUUUUCCACGGCACUGCCCUACACACAACUAUCUAUCAGCGAAGAAAUAGCCUCCACUAAUGAGUUUCCUGGAGUCUCUGAGUACUUCUCCAUAACUUCAUCUAGUCCCAACUUUCAGCCUAGUGCUUCUGGAGCUUUAUCUGUUUCCAGCUACUGGGAGCCAAACACUUCUGAGGAACUGUCCACUUCUGUGGACAUUACAAACUAUGUGGCUCCAGAAACCAGCUCAGUUGUCAGCAGCUACAUGAAACCCAGUGAAUCUGGCAUGCAGCUCUUUACAAUGGUGACAGCUGCUAGAAAGGAACCUGAAGACAGCAGUUCAAUAGAGUCCAGUAAGACUGCCUCGUAUACCCAUAUUUCAGUCAUCCGCAAUCCCCUUCUAUUGCAAUUUGACAUCCUGGAUCAAAACUAUACGGAUGAUUUGAGUAAUAAAUCUUCAGAAGCCUACAAAGAGCUGGAAAUAGUGGUGAAAGCAAUGUUGGACCCCAUAUUUUCUGCACGCUACGGUGACAGCUUUCUCGAAACCAAGAUUCUCAAUUUUGUGAAUGGGUCAGUUAAAGUGAAGAGUGAGUUGGUCUUCCAGAAAGAUGCUGUUCUGCCAAGCAGUUCUGAUGUUGUUCGAACAGUGCUUACACAUGUGUACCGCAAAGAUUUGGCUCCAACUGACUUGGAUAUUGAUGCCAAUUCUGUUGUUUGCAACGGUUAUAGUCUAGCAAACUUGGUGCCUGAGAGAGUGACCAUUGAAUUCACAGCUUUGAGCACAGGAUUUGGCCCAUGGUCUGAUGACUCAACAUUUUAUCCAGAGCUGCUUGAGCAUCUGGAGAAUUUGGUUGUGGAAACACUGGAGGAAAAGUACCUGGUCCAAGAGUUCAAUAUUACAAGAUCCAUACGGAUACAAGGAGAUGUAAACCUUCAGGCAACGGCACUGUUGAUUACUUCUGUACAUGUUGAUGAUGUUGAGGUUCUGCAAUUACUUAGCAACCUUGUUAACAAUUCUGUGGAUCUGAGAUCUCUGAAAGUAAAUGGGUCUGGUGUCAAUGUUGGAGUUCUUCCAAUUUCCUUUCUGAUCACCAACUGGAAAUACAAUUCUACACUCAGAGAUUCACGAUCUGCAUAUUUUUGCAGCCUUGGCAAAGCUGUGACCCGAGCAUUGCAGAUGAUCCUGCAGCCAAACUAUGGCCACUUCAUGCAAGCUGUGAUCAAACAGUUUGGGAGAGGGUCGGUGUUUGUAACGAGUGAUCUGGUGUUUCUCAACAACCUGCCUACCAGUCAUGAGGUGUUGGAUUUGUUCUUCAACUCCAUUGAUUCCAGGAGUGUUUUGGCAGGGACUGACUUUGCAGUUGAUCCUUACUCAUUCUUUGUUGGAGGUGCAAGAUUGGAUCGACCAUAUGAACGUAUCCACUUCCCAGGAUUUGGAAUUGCAAUCAUCCUGCUGUGUGGCUUGGCUAUCGUCUCUCUCCCAAUCCUGGCUUUUCUCUGCUGGAAGUAUAGGUUCUGUGCGGCUUGUCAGAAGAGCUUUGCGUUCGCAGCCUGGGAUGUUGAACGUGAGAAUGCAAGUAACAUACCAUUGCCAGAGGUGAAUCCGGAAAGUUACAGGCUUCGUGAACCAACAUAUGUCAAUUACUCCUUCAACUCUUAAUAUUUUUUCGAUCAAAGAUCUGUGGAUGAGAUUGAACUUGUCCUGAUUUUGUUUUGCUGCUCUAGUUGGAAGAAGAACACUGCAUAUUCAGGGUUCAGCUUCAAGGUGAAAUUAUAAACACUGUCCCAGCUUUUCCUGAUGUUUGUCAUUAUUUUACUUGGCAUCAGACUGGUUGUGAAAGGCAUUGGCGCUCUUUCCAUUGUGUGGAAGAAAUCUCGGUGGGGCAUCCCAGUUUCAAAUGGUCACUUUGGAGUUUGUUUCAGAAAGUCUACACUGAGCAGCCAGUUUGAGUUGAUACUUGGAUUUAGUUAUGUCACUGCAAUUAAAAUGGAAUUGCUGGUGACCCUGUCUAGAUUAACUUUUUUGUUCAGCAGACUGGCCUUGAGUUUUUUGUGAAUUGGACAAGCAUCACCACCAUAUCUGUAAUGUAAUGCAACAGUACAAUAAUGAUCUGGCUUAUCUGUGGCUAUAAUCCCUUUGCAAAAGUGGCCACAGCCAUUUGCACAUAGGGAGCAAAAAAGUUUGUUGACCAAUGCAUCUUAAAAUCAGUACUAAUAUACGUCUUGCAUUCCAUGUUUCUACUUGAAGCUACUGGUGGUAGUUAGUCAGCAUUUUCUGCACCUAAGUCUGCUUAAACACCAUUUCCAAAGACACUGAAGCAUUGCACUCCUGACUUGAUAUCACUGAACUAAGAUUGAAGAAGCAUUUCAGUGCAUGUGGUUAUGUAGUCAUAACUAUCUAUUUUUUAUAUCUAAUCUUGUGCCAAUUUGAGUUCCAAUGUAACUAACUUGCAAAAUAUAAUCUGAUAGUUUAGUUAUGGACACUUCCAAACUUCUUGUCAAAUUUGUAGUGUAAGUUGACUUGGUUUGCAUGGUCCUCAUUUGCUCAUAGGAUCUGCUGUGGUUUUUAAAUCUUGUCCCAUUGUUUCUUAGCUCUGAUUUGCAUAAUCUUUCAUGAAAGCAGUCUAAUUGGGAUGUGUAGGAGCAUUCACAAGUUUCUGGGGCAUUUUUUUGUGGGAAAUGCUACAAUGGAGAAUAUUUACUUGCAUUUGGGUUGGUGACACACUUUUUGGCCCACUUCUUAAAAUUGGGAACAUAUGACUGUCAAUCACCUUCACAACUUUGUUUUCAUGUUUUAAAUUUUUGUGUACCAGGAUACUUUGUUUUAAUAUAGGUGAGUCACUUGUCUCAAUCACUGGGGGGAAAAAAACAAGGCUUUCAGAAGAAAUGGGACCCCAUCCUGAUGUGUCAUUUAAGAUGCGUGACAGUAGUUUAAGCUGUUUUUGAGCAAGAAGUUUAAUUAAAGCAUGUCUUGUAACAAAUUUCAAACUUGUUGACUGAAGCUGAACAAG